AUGCGAUUCAACCUCGUUGUGUUCGCUCUUGUUAUCGCUACGAUCGUCGCAGUGAGCAACAGUGUUACAGCUGCAUCGAAUGACGCUGUCCCGACGGCCAUUUCACCAAUGGCAGUUCGUGAACUAAGCAAGUUCACCGCGGAUCAGGAAGAACGGGCCGGGUUCACGCCGGGGGAAGCAGAUCACCGAGACGGCUGUUUAGUGGACAACGGCUUGGGGACUGCGGCCAACAGCAUCAGCAGCAGCAGCAGCAAGACGUGCGGGAUGUCGGCGCCGUGCGGGACGGCGGAUCGCCAGCAGCAGCAGCGGGCUGAGGAGGACGAGGAGGUGGUGGAGUUGGCGGCCAACAGCGGGGUCGACGACAUGAGAGGGAUGCCUACGGCGGACACCUACUGUGACACUCACUUCAUGUAUGUAGAUAACGAGAUGGGUGAAUGA